AUGCCGGAGACCGACAACCCCACCAAGCACGACGUCGAGGAGACCCGGCCGAGCGUGGGCGUCGCCGAGCUUUCGGACGGCCAGUACCACGAACUGGCCGACGGCUACCUGGAGGCUGUUCAGUCCAAGUUCGAACAGCUCCAAGACACGCGAGAGGACAUUGACAUCGAGUACUCGUCGGGCGUCAUGACCAUCAACGUCGCAGACAAGGGCACAUACGUCAUCAACAAGCAGCCCCCAAACAAGCAGAUCUGGCUGUCGAGCCCCGUCUCCGGCCCCAAACGAUACGACUGGUGCAUCAUCGGCGAGGGCCAGGGGGAGAAGGAGGGCACCGGCUCGGGGCGCUGGAUCUACACCCGCGACGGCGUCAGCCUGAGCGACCUGAUCCUCCAAGAGCUGGAUAUUGUCAUUGAGGAGCCCGCGACGAGCUAG